AUGAUUGCUUGUAACAAUAAACACAAACAUGUGGAUUCUGUCACAGUGUCAGUGGAGCAAGGGAUGCUGAGAGGAGAACAAAAGCAGACAAUCACGGGAGAUGCGACGUAUUACAGUUUCAAAGGAAUUCCAUAUGCAGCACCGCCCACAGGCCUCUGGAGAUUCAAGGCACCACAACCUCCACUACCUUGGAAAGGAGUGAGAAACGCCACCCAACAUGGAAAUGUAUGUCCACACGUUGACGCCCUUCAAGAUAUGCUGUUUAUACCUGGAAGCGAAGACUGUCUUUUCUUAAACGUAUAUACUCCAAGUUUGAAACGGAAAUCUUCUCUAGCAGUCAUGGUUUUCUUGCACGGAGGAGGUUAUGCAUUUGGCUCUGGAAAUGAUGAUUUUUACGGUCCAGAUUUUAUAAUGAACUCCAAAAAUGUCAUUGUCGUGACAAUAAAUUAUAGACUCGACACAUUAGGGUUUCUUUGCUUAGAUACUAAAGACGUGCCUGGCAAUGCUGGUUUGAAAGAUCAAGUAGCGGCAUUGAAGUGGGUACAGAAAAACAUAAGAAACUUUGGUGGAGAUCCAAAGAAGGUUACCAUCAUUGGACAAAGCGCAGGAGCAGCUGCAAGCGCUCUGCACGCAAUCUCCCCCAUGAGUCGAGGACUAUUUCGUAGGGUCAUACUAAUGAGCGGAGCACCUAUAAGCGAGUUUACAACUGAAUUUGAACGAACACGAAGAGCCUUUGUACUUGGUAGAAAUCUUGGCUUUAACGCUACUGAUCCUACAGAACUGUUACAUUUCCUCCAAUCUGUGCCUGUAAGAGACUUACUCGAUACCAGCGCAUCAGUCAUAGCAGCUGAAGAAGUUAUUGAUUUUAUUGUGAAAUCACAUUAUUUUGUAACGGUAGUGGAAAAAAAUCUUGGACAAGAACCAUUUUUAAUGGAAUCACCUACACUUUCGGUUGAAAAAGGACUGCAUGAGGCAGAUACUUUAAUAGGAUUCACUUCAGCUGAAGGAAUUUUUAGCGUUCCUUUCUUUGAGAAAGCAUUGACACUCCAAAAAUAUGGCAGAUACCCAGAAGCAUUGGUGCCGAGAACUAUUUUUUAUAAAACAUCACCAGAGACGCAUUUGGAACUUGCAGAUUCGAUUGUAGAAUUCUAUACCGGGUCACAGUCGAUGGCUUUGGAAAAUAUGCAGCAACUCAUUGCCUACAGCACGGAUAUGUUUACUUAUCCAGUAAUGCGAUAUGCAAGACGUUUAUCCGAUUUUAAUAGAAAUGAUAAUAUCUACAUGUAUGAGUUCACAAGUAAGACCAACCGGAACUAUUACAGUAAAGAAGGCGAUCGGUAUGGAAUAGAUGGUGUGGCUCACAUAGAUGAUCUACUAUAUCUUUUUAAUGCGAAUUCUCUAAAUUUAACUAUCGAUGCGAGUUCUGCUAAAGUUAUUCACGAGUAUGUCACCUUGUUUACAAAUUUCGCGAUAUAUGGGUAA